UUCAAAGCUUUCUUCGUCUCUUUGUUUUGCUACUUCUACAUAUUUAAAAAUGGCAUCUUUUAUCUUGGGUCACAAUCUUGGAGUCUUGUUCUUGUUAUUCGUCGUUGCGUUUGUGUGUCUAGACGCAAAGACGGACAAAACGCAGGAUUACAUGUCGUUUCAGUACCACAAAGGAGCGCUUCUCACCGGAGACGUCUCCAUCAACCUAAUCUGGUACGGGAAGUUCAAGCCGUCGCAGCGUGCCAUCGUAACCGACUUCGUCACCUCCCUCUCGUCAUCUUCCCGGAGAUCAGCCACGGCCCAAAACCCUUCAGUCGCCACAUGGUGGAAGACGGUGGAGAAGUAUUACCACAAGACGACGACACGUGGACACCUCGCUCUCUCCCUCGGAGAACAGAUCCUCGACGAAAGUUACUCAAUGGGAAAAUCAUUAACAGAGAGAAACAUCAAAGCCUUAGCCGCAAAAGGCCGUCAAAGCUAUGCUGUCAACGUUGUGUUGACCGCUGCUGAUGUAAUGGUCCAAGGCUUUUGCAUGAACCGAUGCGGGUCGCACGGGUCAGGUUCGGGCAAGAAAAUAUCAAAAUUUGCGUACAUCUCGGUCGAGAACUCAGAGACUCAGUGUCCGGGACAAUGCGCAUGGCCAUUCCACGCGCCGGUUUACGGGCCGCAAAGCCCACCACUUGUGGCGCCUAACAACGACGUGGGUUUAGAUGGGAUGGUGAUCAACUUGGCGAGUUUGUUAGCUGGGACAGCAACUAACCCUUUCGGAGAUGGGUUUUACCAAGGGCCUAAAACGGCGCCGCUUGAGGCUGGUUCGGCUUGUAGUGGAGUUUAUGGUAAAGGUUCGUAUCCUGGUUAUGCUGGUGAGUUGCUUGUGGAUGCAAUGAGCCGUGGGAGUUAUAAUGCGAAGGGAGCAAAUGGGAGGAAGUAUUUGCUUCCUGCUCUGUUUGAUUUGGAAACAUCUGCUUGCUCCACUCUGCUUUGAACACUCAAGUUGGUGAUACGUUUAAAAAGCUCAGUUUAGUAUACACUAGAUUCAAAUAAUCCCUUUUGUUUCUUAAUAUUCUUCUGAUUCAUAUAAUUCUUUUGUUUACUUAGAUAUUAUUCUUUUUAAAUUGUAACGUGAUAUAUAGCUAUUGAUGAUAUCAAUUGCUUUCUUAAA